CUCGCGCCGGUAACGGUUGUACAACGGAGAACGAACGCUUGUGGUUUUUUGAAUAUUUGAGAAUAAAAGAAAUAAAAAGGUCUAAAUAAAAAUAAAAGUGGUUCAUGAAAAGGCUGCGGCGGCAGCGAAUGUGUAAUAUAAACAAGUGAAAGUGUAGAAGAGAGCACAUUUGAAGAAAGCUUUCAAAAUAUGAAGCAACAAGCGGGAGUAUUUCAAAUGCUUGACCACCAGUAGUUGUUAGUGUAAAAUUACUUCAGUGCAACUUUUCUCAAGCGACGAGCAGAAAAACAUUAAUCCACCAGCUGCUCUCAAGCGAGUCUAACUCUCAGCUUUUUUCGUGUUUUUGUUUAUUUUGAAGUGCGAAUGCAUACAUACAUACAUAACUGAACAUCAUAUCAAUUAGUGUGGCAAUUAGCCGUUUAAUCAGCGCUAAGAUAGUGCACAGAAUUCAUUGCCACUGAUAACGGUAUACUAUAUAUGUAUGUACAUAUGUAUAUGACUGUACUUAUCAAUAUAUUUUCGGCAUGAAAUAAUUUUCGGUAGCAAAAAACCGAUUUAACUGUGUACGCGUGUGUAUGGAAGCUGACAUGAUUCAUAGCAAAAGACAUUCAAAGGCAGACUUUUGAAAUUCGACUAACAAGUGAUACAUCGUCUUUGAGAAAAAUAAUUAUAUGAUUAAUAAAGAAUAAUGUGAGCUGAAAUUUCUGAAAACCUUUCAAAUGCAUUGAAAUGCGUUGCUCAUACGCCCGACCCAACCAGCGGUAUACAUAUGAUAAAUUACCAACAGCAGCGAAGGCAUAAAAACUACAAAAAGUGAUUGAGUGUUAUCUAUAUUGGCUAUAGGCCACAGCAUACACCUGUAAUACCAGUUCAAAGAGUGAUUGCAAAUUAUUCAAGUGAUUAUUUAAGCGCAACAGCGCCAACUAAUUAAAUGAAGCUAAUUUGUGCAAGUGCGGAAAGUGUGGCUUAAACGUAAUUAAAUAAAAAUAGGUGCAUAAAAAAUACAAAAAACAAAUUUUAUACGAAACAACAAUAACAACAAACAGUUUAAACGUCUAGCAAUCGACAGCAUGACCGAGAACCAUGAUAAACACGCCGCCAGCAGUGGCGACAGCACAGAAAUUGCCAUCAGUCACAAUAACAACGCACAAGGCCAGAGCACAACUGUCGGCGGCGAUGGCAACAACAUCAAACCGAAGGAUAAGAAAAAUGACAGCGAAACGACAGUCGCGCUGGCGGAUACGCAACAUGAAGGUGAAAAGGAUAAAGCGCCGCAUGACAGGUGAGUGA